UACAUUUUCCUCAUUUCAUCUUCGACGUUACGGUUACGGUGGUUAUCAAAAUGGUAAUAACAUAUUUCAGAGAAUGAUUGUCACCAAAACUGUUGAUUAAGGCUAAUGACCACCGUUAAUCACUUCAUCGCUUCCCUUUCCACACCUCGCCGGAGCUCCGACUGCCCCGCCACCGUGUGCCCCCAUCCUCUCUCCUUCGAUUCGCCAGGUUUCAAAUUCGUUUAAAUUUUGGAAGCUAAACUCCAUUUGUAUUGUGAUCGCCAAAAAAAAGAAAAAAACGGUUUUUGGAUGAAAAAACUCUUUUUUGAAUGUUGAUGAAAUGGAAAAAGGCCUCAAUCUGGCAUUGGAAGAUAUGAUCAACUUGAAAAUUGAAGAAAGUAAAGAAAAAAGAGAUGGUGGAGUUCCCGAGAGAGAUGAUGGAUUUGUUUUCACAUCAAAACAACACAAUUCAGGUCCAUCAUUCCUUGAGCUUAAGGCACCACCCCUCAAAACUAAUAUCUUUGGUGAUGCUCAUGAUAAAUUAAAAUUCAGUGCAAAGAAGGAACAAGGUGGCAACACUAGGAUGAACAAAAGUAGAGCAAAACUCAAGCUUUCUGCCCCCAUCCAGCCACAUGAUUUCAUUUGGAAGGCAAAGAUGGACGUGUCGCAAAAAAAUUAUGUGACGUCCAAUGAGUCAUUUGGUUUAAGUGUGGAUGGCAUUGGCAACAUCAUACCCACUGAUAAGGGCUUGAAUAAGAAUGAAUGUGAAGUUGUAGGCAGAGAGACAAAAAAGGAAGCUUCAGAGUGUAAAAAUACUAAUUGUGAUGGUGGUGAUCAUGAUGAUGAUGGUCCAAAUGAUGAAACUGAAACUGCAGGCUUCAAGUCUGCCAAUGAUGAAUUAGACAUAACAAAUAAUGGUGAUAGCAUGUCCCAUCUUGUUUGUGGUGAUUCAGGUUCAAGAAAUAUGAGUGGAUUUGGCUUCACAUUUUCUGCUAAAGUGCAAUCAUCUAGCCCCAAACGCCACCCUAAAAAGAUAAAUUGGGUGAAAGUUGAUCAUGGUCAUGAUACUUACAACUCCAGUCCUAAUUCAUUAUCACCUGUGACUUGUCCUCCAUUAUCUGGAACUUCCUCUCUUUUCACAUCAGGCCAAGGUCAGAAAGCCACAGUAUCUGCUCCUCUUCCCAAGACUAGGGGUUCUGAAGUGAAUAAGGAGCAAGGGAUAAAGAAGGAACUUGCUUCCAUUUCUGCUAUAACCAUUGCGGCUGAGGAAUCCUGUGAAAAGUGGCGUCUCAAAGGAAACCAAGCCUAUAAAAAUGGGAAUUUGUCUGUGGCUGAGGAUUGUUACACACGAGGAGUUAGUUGUGUUUCUAAAGAAGAAGCACCUCCGAGAUGUCGUAGGACUUUGAUGCUGUGUUAUAGCAACCGUGCUGCCACACGCAUGUCACUUGGUAGGAUGAGAGAUGCAGUGGAAGAUUGUAUGCUGGCUGCAGAAAUUGAUCCAAAUUUCCUCAGGGUGCGACUUAGAGCUGCAAAUUGUUUCCUUGCUUUGGGGGAAGUUGGAGACGCGUCCAAGUAUUCCAAGACAUGCAUGCAGUCAGGAACUGAUAUUUGUGUAGAUCCAAAAAUUGUUGUGGAAGCCUCUGAUCUCUUGAAAAAGACACAGAAAGUAUCGGAAUUAAUCAAUCAUUCUGACGAACUUUUGCAAAGAAGAACAGCAGCUGAUGCAGAGAGAGCAUUGGAACAUAUAAAUGAGGCAUUGAUGAUAAGUUCAUACUCUGAAAAAUUGCUUGAAAUGAAGGCGGAGGCUCUUUAUAUGCUAUGUAGAUAUGAGGAAGUAAUUCAGCUGUGUGCUGAAACCCUUGGUUCUGCUGAGAAGAAUUCUAAUCCAUUAGAUGCUGAUUGGAACGUGAAAGAUCUGGAUAAUUCACAGGUUUCAAAAAGCUUCUAUUUCAGGCUUUGGCGGUGCUCAAUGAUGCUUAAAUCCUACUUUCACCUAGGAAAGCUUGAAGAGGGUCUUUCUUUGCUGGAGGAACAAGAGGAAAAGGUAUCUGCCAUAAACAAGAGUGGAAGCAAGGUUUUGGAGUCACUAAUACCACUAGCUGUCACUGUACGUGGGCACUUGCAUCAUAAGACUUUAGGGAAUGAAGCGUUUCAGGCAGGAAGGCAUGAGGAAGCUGUUGAACAUUAUACAGCUGCUUUAUCAUGUAAUGUGGAGUCUCGCCCAUUUUCAGCUGUCUGUUUUGGUAAUCGUGCUGCUGCAUAUAAAGCAUUAGGUCAAAUUACUGAUGCCAUAGCAGAUUGCAAUUUGGCUAUAGCUCUUGAUGGAAGAUACUUGAAGGCACUUUCUAGGCGUGCAACUCUAUAUGAGAUGAUCAGAGAUUAUGACCAAGCAGCCAGCGAUAUAAGGAGGGUUGUCUCUCUUCUCAUUAAGGGGGAUGAGGAUAAUAGUAAUCACCAUUGCACAUCUGAUAGAUCAACCAAUUAUCCCAAUGAUUUGAAACAUAGCCAAAUUUGGCUUUCGGAAUUAGAGGAGGAAGACAGAAAGGGGAUCCCUCUUGAUAUGUACCUCAUUUUAGGAGUUGAACAUUUUGUUUCGUCAUCCGAAAUCAAGAAGGCCUAUCACAAAGCCGCACUAAGACAUCACCCUGACAAGGCUGCCCAAUCUUUGGCAAGAAGUGACAGUGGCGAUGAUCCGAUAUGGAAGGAUAUUGUUGAAGAAGUAUGCAAAGAUGCUGAUAGGCUUUUCAAAAUAAUUGGAGAAGCAUAUGCAGUCCUAUCAGACCCUGCCAAGCGAUCACAGUAUGAUUCUGAAGAAGAAAUGAGAAAUUCCCAAAAGAAACGCCACGGAAAUAGCACGGCUAAAAUUUGGAGACCAUUUGGUACCUCAUCUUUUAAAGAUUAUGAAGCUGGCCCGUCAAGUAGGCAAUAAGAAAAUGUGUGUUGAAUUUUUGUCCAUGGCUAGAAUCUGGAUUGCAGUUUGACUCAUUGAAUGUGAUCAAGUUUGGUGAUGUGUGUUUAUCUUACGCAUUUGAGAUUAAGACCAACAUGGAGGCAGAUUUGAGACCAAUGACAUUGCAAUUGGAGAAGUUCGGUUGAUCUGUUCUUCGGAUUUCUUUGGGAUAUUGGAAGAAUUUUUCUUUUGGCAUGCGAAUGGUUGCAUUCGAUUAUUAUUAUUAUUAUUUUACUACCGAGUCCUUACCAUUAUUCUUCUUCUUGGCUGACAACAAGCAAAUGAAAAGGAAGGUUGGUUUUUGAGGUGUGUAAAGAUCUUGUACUAUCUGAAAGUUGAUGUGUAAACAAACAGAUUACAUUAAAUUGUGUAAUACCACAUGAAAUAUUUAAUGACCUGAACAUGUGCUUCCGAUUGGAUCUAUCAUCUAUCAUAUAUGCAAAGAAAGAGUACAUUUACAUUUGCUCUGGAACUACAUAA